UAUUUUUUUCGUUUAUUUUUACUUGUUGCUACUUCGCCCUCAGUGCAAGCGCUGGUCCCUCCACUGGCACUCACGCCACAUCCAGGUCAACUAGCCCUGGGACUGUGGACACUUCCCGCGAUGCAGUUAUCGAUCGCUUCGCCCGACAGACUCGGCCCAUCGGCCUUGAUCUAUUUACUGGACAGCACACUUUAAACGAUAUGACAGACACGCAGCAGCAACAAUAUCACUAUGCACAGCAACAACAGCAGUUACUGCUAUCCCCACACCUAGUUAUGAUGCCAGCCAGUGGUGCUUUACCGACGACGAGAAUUUCAGUUGCCGUUGCUCCUCCUCCCGGAAUGUUAAUUCAACCAGGCCGCCUUGAUGAAAGCUUCAGCUAA